GAAAACCUAAUUUCUUUCAUUGACUGCAGGACAUCCCAAGGGAAAUAUAAAUAAAUCCUAAUUCUCAUGGUGACCUAAACGCUUAGUUUUUUUUGCAGACUGGUAAAACGACCAAGUUCGCUUAGUCUCUGGGGUAAAGAACAGAUCAGUUUCGUGUCGAGAUCAGGAGAGGGAAAGAAGAAGCAGAGGGAGAGACAGAGCAGCAACUAUGGCAGCCACGUUAGCACAGCCAGAUGUGAAAUUGUUUAAUCGUUGGACUUUUGAAGAUAUUGAGGUUAGUGACUUCUCUCUACAAGAUUACAUAGCUGUUUCGGCACGAAAGCAUGCUACUUUUGUUCCCCAUACUGCUGGACGAUAUUCAGUUAAACGAUUCCGAAAGGCACAAUGCCCUAUUGUUGAGCGGUUGACAAAUUCUCUGAUGAUGCACGGGCGAAAUAAUGGAAAGAAAUUAAUGGCUGUGCGAAUAGUAAAACAUGCCAUGGAAAUUAUUCAUUUACUUACUGACCAGAACCCAAUACAGGUCAUUGUUGAUGCUAUUAUCAACAGUGGUCCACGAGAAGAUGCAACCCGAAUUGGUUCUGCAGGUGUUGUAAGACGACAAGCAGUUGAUAUAUCUCCCCUGAGACGUGUCAAUCAGGCAAUCUAUCUUCUUACUACUGGUGCACGGGAAAGUGCAUUCCGAAACAUUAAAACAAUUGCUGAGUGUCUUGCAGACGAGCUUAUCAACGCUGCCAAGGGAUCGUCAAACAGUUACGCAAUUAAGAAGAAAGAUGAGAUUGAAAGGGUUGCGAAGGCAAAUCGUUGAUUUGUCAAGCUACCUUCAGCCGGAGUACUUGUAUCUCCAUUGUUAGUCUACAGCUUUUAAUGCAACUCUAAAAGCAAAAAUUUUGAAAGCAAAUGUUAUGUUUCAAAUCACAAAUUUGAAAAGACAGCUAAAAUAUAUCUGAACUCAAUUUGUAUUGGUUAUGGCAAAAAUUACAUUCCCAGUCCUAUACCAUGGCCCCUUUGUGUGUAUUUCGCAAAAUCGUUGACAAAAAUUGUGUAUGAUCUCUUACAUUAAUAUUUUGGAACACACGUCAUGAUCUAUCAUUAUGAUAACAUUGGCAAAUAUGUUUAAAUUA